AUGCAGAAAUCUCACGAAGAGCAUAUCGAAUCCGUGGAGGCACAAGCAACAGCUGAUCCUAGAGCCACGGACACAAGUCAGCAGUAUGAUGAGGCCGAGACUCGCCGAAUCCUAAGAAAGGUUGAUAUAAGGCUCGUGCCAGCUUUAACCGUCAUGUACUUGCUGGCAUUUAUCGAUCGAUCAAACAUUGGUAAUGCCAAGGUUGCAGGGAUGAACCAAGACCUUGGUCUGACCGGCGCUCAAUACAACAUCGCAUUGACCGUCUUCUUCAUUCCAUACGCUUUGUUCGAAGUGCCAUGCAACGUUAUUCUCAAAUUGACCAAACCAAGUCUCUGGCUGCCCUCAAUUGUGCUAACAUGGGGAGUUGUUCUAACUUGCAUGGGGCUUGUGAAAAAUUUCGAAGGACUUGUUGUUGCACGCUUCUUUUUGGGUGUUGCCGAAGCAGGAUUCUUUCCUGGUGCUACAUACCUCCUUACCAUAUGGUAUAAGCGCUACGAGGUUCAAACACGAAUGAUCAUCUUCUUUGCAGGCGCAUCUUUGUCAGGCGCAUUUUCUGGCCUGCUGGCAUUUGCGAUCCAGCAUAUGGAUGGAGUUGCCGGGCUGGGUGGUUGGGCAUGGAUCUUUAUUCUUGAAGGUAUAGCAACAGUCUUCGUUGCUCUGCCUUUAUAUUGGUUGUUGCCAGACAGCCCCGCAACGGCCAGCUUCCUGACUGAGGAGGAGAAAAGAUUUCUCAUCCUUCGUUUGGAGAACGAGACUGGGUCGAGUCGAGGAAGGGUGACCAACGAUGAUAAGAUAUCUGGUCGUCACGUACUGGAUGCAUUGAAGGACUGGCGCAUUUAUAUUGCCGUAAUCAUUUACUGGGGAAACAGUAUUGGUGUCUAUGCGUUCGCCUUCACCAUCCCCACAGUCAUCCGAGAACUCGGCUACAGUGCUGCCAACGCUCAACUGUUGACAAUCCCUAUAUAUGUCUGCGCUAUGAUAUGUGCCACUGUCGCGUCUAUAGCAUCGGACAGGCAACAGAAUCGGUCUUCUUACAUCAUAGGAGGUUGUGCAGCUGCCAGUCUGGGGUUUAUCGCACUGCUUGCCAGUCCCAAACCCGAGCUACCGGGCCUUACCUAUGGCUUUAUAUUCUUAGCUGCCAGUGGUCUUUAUUCGUUUAUUGUCCCAACCAUAUGCUGGAUUGGCAACAACAUGGCGCCAUCCAGCAAACGCGCAGUCGGCAUGGCUGCUUUAAUCUCUGGCGGCAAUCUUGGCGGUAUCAUUGGAAGCAACAUAUUCCUUGAGAAUGAACAACCGCGGUACUGGACUGGCUACGGGUUUUGUUUGGGAAUCCUUGUGUGUUCGAUCAUCUCAACUUUGGUGCUCCGUUGGGCGUACCAUCGUGAGAAUAUCGAAAGGGACAAUAUGUCCGAGGAAAGCCGGGCUGCGGUCAGUGAGAGGGAGCUUAUGGAGCUUGGUGAUCGUAGUCCCUACUUCCGUUAUGUUCUAUGA